CUUCUUAUUUCUGAUCUUCGCUUCAUUCUGGAUACUAGAGGGUCCAAAAGGCUCUCCAUUAGAUGGAAGAAGUUUUAUUACAGUUCUGUAACCCAAACAAUUCUAAAUAAAGAAUGUGAAUAGUAAGAUAAUAGUGGUACUUAGUGGCUGCCAUUUAUAGAAUAUUUUUUAUGUGCCAUGCAGAGAGCUAAAAAGUUCACCCAUAUCGAUACUUACCGAUUUUUUAUUUCUUAAAAUUUCCAGUAGGUAGAAGUGCCAAUACAUAAAAAUAUUCUAACAAUGGAAACUAAAAAGAAAAAAAUGGGAAAGAAAAGUAGUCCAUAUAGAGUUCAUAUAAGUAGAGGGAUACAACAUGUUUUUCAUCAGAUUACUUGAUUCAGUAUCUCUAAGUAAUUUAUCUAAAUUAUUAUAAAAUACAAAAAUUCUGAUAGGGUAACCUUGGAUUUAGACGUUUACAUUCUGGAGUCAGAUUCUGUGGUUUUAGGUUAGUUCUUAUCUCAAAUUUUGGCACAUAUCAGAAUCACCUGGACGUCGUACUAGCACAGAUUUCUGGCCUCGUCUCCAGAGGUGUUUUGUUUAUUUUUUGUGAAGUAUAAUUGGCAUACAAUAUUGUAUUAGUUUUGUGUGUCAACCACAUAAUGAUUCAAUAUUCAUAUAUAAUGCAAUUUUAAAAAUGAAGGUCAGAGAAUGAAUUCAUAUUCCUGCAUUGUGUGAUACCAUAGUUCAUGUUCUUAAGCACCGUAUGCUCCCUCACCAAGGCCUUGAGUAGAUUUGGAAGGCAGUAAAAUUCGUUGAGAGAGAACAGAGGAAAGGGGUCAAAGAAAGCAACUUUUUGGGCUAAAAGACUAGUAUUAGCUUCAAAACAUAUCCACGUGACUUAGUCUAUCUUGUGUAUUUUUCCUCUUUUGACUUUUAACAGAAAUCUGUGUUCAAAAGGUAGAAUCUUACAAAGAAAUUAAAAGAACAUAUUUUUGUAGGUUAUAGAUAGUAAAAAGUCUGGGAGGAGGAGGAUGGAGUGUAACAAUUAACUGGAUGAAAUAAUGGUAUUUCCUUGUUGUCUAGUUUUUUUGAAAAUUCCUUAAAUAUUUAAAAAGAGUUGCCUAAAAGACAUGCUGCCUCUUUAUGAUAGUACAGAGGUAAUGUGUAACCAUCAUUAGUAAAAGAAUCCCCCCUUUUUUUAAGUAAGCCCUACACCCAUCAUGGGGCUUGAACUCAAAACUCUGAGAUAGAGAAUCACAUGUUCUACCGGCUGAGCCAGCCAGGCACCCUAAAGAAUCCCAUUUUAAUGAAUUUUGCAGGCAAUCACAACUAUUAUAUUUCCACCUAAACCUUAUUAGCAUGGAAACUUCUUCCUAUUGUUGUAAAGUGGCUCAACUAUGAGCUAUAACAUUCAUUUUGGGAAGUCAGGAACAUCUUAUAAGCAUGGUUUGAAAGGAAAUGCUUUCAGGGUUUUAAAAGCAGUAGUAGUUGAGAAAGUAUCAGUGUGCUUCUCACUCUCCUCUAGCUGCAUCUGAAUAAUUGUGAAAGAUUCAGUCUUUCUAGAACAUCAGUUGCGGGGCGCUGGCCAGAGUGGUAUCAUCUCUGUUGGCAGGGCCCUUCUUAGUUACUGACUGGUUCUCUAGUUGCUCCAGGCCAGGUAGACUUGACAAGCAGCAAGUGUCAAAGGGAGUGGCAUGGGGGUGGGAGACAGAGGUAGGAAAGUUUGCAACCCUAUGAAACAUAGAAGAGAGACUGUCAGAUUGACAGCAAGAGGCGUGUAGAAAGCAGAAGUUGUUGGAGCAUGUUGCCUUUUAGAAUAUUAUUCUUCUAACUUUAUUAUGAUUCUUCUAACUAAAUCGGUUUAGGGACUCUCCAGUGACAUAUACAUCUGUUUCCUCUGCCUUUUUUAUGAACUUAAGAAAUCUGGUUGCCUGAUACGAAUGCUUGGUAAAAUUCUGACCCAUCUCUUCUUCCUUCCUGAAGGCCUGAGAGAUACCCCAGCAUGCCCUUUGGUCACGUUUCCUUUUUCCUUUCCUUUACCCUAGUCUGGUGAGCUUUCAUCCUUCAAGUGGUGAUAGUAUGGUGGUUCCCCCCCACACACACACACACAAAAUUGUCAAUGUGGCUAUGGUAAUGGCUAGUAUUUACUGACUGCUUACUUUGUACAAAGUGCUGUACUGAGCAUUUUAUUUAGAUUACUUCCUUUAACUCUGAAGAAGUUAAUACUAUAUCCCCAUUCAUCAUUGAAGAAACAGGCACAGAAACAAGUAAUUUGCCAAGGUUACUCAGCUUCUAGGUGGUGGAUCUGGGAUUCACUGUGGGUAUUCUGACCCUGAGAGUCCACAUGCUCUCAGCCUCCUCCAUCAUCUCCCAUUACUGGAAUCCCAUCCUAAAUUGAAGGCUCCUUUUCAGACAGCAGCAACCCUCCAGUUCCUCAUUCUACUCCGCAAAGCCCUAUUGCAAAAUGAAUAAAUGAAUGUGAAAUUCAUAAGUCACCAAUUUGAUAGAGAAAAUAGUUACAUAUGUAAACAACACUGAAUAGCCAUCUGUGUGACAGGUCUUAGGAAUUUCUUAAACACCUAUAAUUGCCUGUUUGUCUGUUACCUUGUUCUUCAUGUCUCGAGUGACUAACACAUAGUAGGUGCCUUGUGCAUCUUAAAUGAAUGAAUUUGUUUUGUACAAACGAAUAAAGCCUGUGUUAGAAUGACUUGUUUGUUAGGGCAUAAAUACAGCUUGAUUUGGUAAAAGUUGGGGGGUUUUCAUGGUUAAGGUAAAACAGGAAGGUGGAAAAUACACCAUUGCAAGAAUGUAGAGUGCUUUGGAGUCACAUAUCUAUACCAAGUAUCUAUUGAGACUCUGAUAUUUGGUAGGUACUAUUAUAAGCAGAUGUGUAAAAGUGUGCAAAGCAGGCAAAUUCUCAAGGAGCCCAUGAUCUUUGUGAGGCCAGUUAUUUAGUUUUAUUUUAUAACUGAGUAAAUUAGGACAGGAGCCCGAUAAAUUUCCCAAGAUCAUCUAUUAAGUUGCUGGCAGCUUUACAUCUGUAAAUCAUUGCCUACCGCCACUUAGCCUUGAAAUCAGGUUUUGUCAUUAAGGUAGGAGUUAGCUCUAGUCUUAUGUAGAUUAAUUUUAACAAGUGAAAAGAUUAUGCAUUAUAAUACUUCUGGUGUUGUUUCUAACAAAAUAAUGAUAACUUCUCAGGUAUAAUUUUAUAGUACUUUCUACAAAGUUAAUGCUGUAGAUACUAUGUAGAUACUAUUAAUAUCUACAAACUAAUACUGAGUCAAAUGGAAGCCUAAAAUUGUAGAAAUCUCGGCAUCAGUGGUGGACAUAAUAGAUUUUUGUCUGAGAGAGGGAAGGAAGUGAGACGGAGGGUAGUGGGAAGAACUGGAGCAUGUGAAAAAAUCAUGAUCAUUCAACUGAAUAAUCUUAUAUUUUAGGGGCCCUUGUGUGGCUCAGUUGGUUAAGCCUCAGACUCUUGAUUUCAUUUCAAGCCAUGAUCUCAGGGUCAUGAGAUGGAGUCCUGUGUUGUCAAGCUCCCCCUGGGCAUAGAGCCUAAUUAAGACACUCUUUCUCUCUCUCAAUCUCUCUCAGAAAAAAAAAUCCUAUAAUUUAGCAGAAACAUCUGGACCUUCCACCAAUGUCAUCAUGAUGGUGAUUUAUCAAAGAAACCAUUCUAUGCUAAUUGCAACUAGUAAAAUGAGGGGGGUGUGGGGGUGAGAUUUUUCUUAGUAAUUGUAGAACUGUGAUCAGGAAUCCUUGGGAAGUAGAACUUGUGAGCUUUACAAACUGAUCUUGUUGCACAAAUUGAUAAAUUUUAAAAAGCACCAUUAUGUGCAGAAUAGAAACUAGAUAAUAGGACUAGACAACUGCCUAUAAAAGAAGUAAGUGAAAUGGUUUCUUACCUUCAGACCUGUUAAGAAAUGGCAUACCUAGGGUCUCUGGAUGGCUCAGUUAAGUGUCUGCCUUUGGCUCGGGUAAUGAUCUCAAGGGUCCUGGGAUCCAGUCCUUUGUCUGACUUCCUGCUCAGUGAGAAGUCUGCUUCUCCCUCUCCCUCUCCCUUUGCCCCUCCCCUCGCUUGUGCUCUGUCUCAGAUAAACAAAUAAAAUCUUAAAAAAAACAGAAGUGGCAUAUCUAAGAGAAAUCUAUUUCUGAAAAGUAUCUAAAUAACAUCAUUGGAAACAAAAAAAAAUAGAAAUAACCCAUAUAUGCUCACCAGCAUGAAAAUGGAUCAGAAAAUUGUUUAUAUAUACAAUAAAAUAUUAACACAUAAUAUAGCAGCCAAAAGGAUAAACUAUAGCUGCACACUACAAUGUGGAUGAAUCUUUAAAAAUGUAAUGUUGAGUGAAAGGCUUUCAUAAAGCAUAAAACCCUUUCUGUAAAGUUGAAAGAAGAUGAAGCUAAAUACAUUAAGUAUCCAUAUAUUCAUAAUAUUUUUAAAGCAAAGUAAUGAUUUACACAAAAUUCAAAAGUAAUUGACUCAUUACGGGAGGCAGGAAUUCAUAAGGAAAACAAAAUUUAAGUUGUUCAUCAGUUGGGCAGUGGUUUCAUGGUUGUUGGUUAUAUUUUUUUAAGAAUAAAAAUUAAACAUUGAAGUUAACUGAGCUAUUUGAAGAAGUUCUGGAAUAAGCCAUUUUAGAAAAUAAUUCCCCCCUUCAUUUAUUUUUUCUGAACGUAUCAAGUAUUCUUAAUAUGCCCAACUAAGUUAGUGGAUGAGGAGGGAACUUGGUAGGAUGGUUAUUUCCAGCUCUUUCCUGAGUGGAGGUAUAGUAAAUAGUAUAUCCUUCAGGAAAAAUUUGGUUUCAGCACACAGCAGGAAAGAUCUAUGCUAGGUUCUCAGUUUCUCAGAAAAUGACCUUUAUAAAUCUGACCUGUAUGUAGAAGAGUAAGUGGAAUAUAUGGCUUGUAGAGUGUGAAAGCUAAUAAAGAUGUCCUCUUCCCCAAAUCUUAGAUUUGUUGAAAUUUUUAUUUGGGAAUUUUAGGGGGAUGUUGCCUGUAUUAUUUUGUUUUUGCUUUUUGUUUUGUUUUUACUUUCCCUAAGUAAAAUUUAAUCCUUGGGUUGGAAUGCUGACAUUUCAACGUAUGAAGGAAAACAUGGACUUUGGUUUGGGGGCAUUAAGACAGAUCUUGGGGGUGCCUGGAUGGCUCAGUCAGUUAAGCAUCCAACCCUCGAUUUCAGCUCAGGUCAUAAUCUUAGGGUUGUGAGAUCAAGCCCUGUGUCGGGCUCAGUGCUGAGCAUGCAGCCUGCUUGAUUUCUCUUUCCCCUAUCUCUGCCCCUCCCCCUCCAAAAGGCAAAUCUUGGAAUCCUAGAUAUGCUGCUUGCUACUCAUGUGAUCUUGGGUCAGUUACUUGGCCCAACUUUGGUUUCUUGAUAUAUAAAGAGGAGAUACAAUAUCUGCAAACAGGAUUCUCGUGAGGAUACGAUACAGUAUUUAUAAAGCACCAAAAGGAAAAUAGAGACUCAAAAAAUGAUAACUACCUUAAUUAUUUUUCCAUAUUGUAUAACAGGGACAUUGAGCAUGACAAAUCAGUCUUUGUCUUAUAAUAGUAGCUGAGUAAAUAUUCUUUAAAAAGAAUGUGACUUCUGACUUCGACAUGUGAAUCUCAUUUGCUUUGAAUCAAUUACAAUGUGGAAAAUUUGAGCUGUGUAAGCAGCUAGAACAUAGUAUUAUUCAGAUCAUCACCUUGGAUUUGAAUUUCACUUAAGCCUGUUAGCUCUGUUUUAGGGCCACAGACUAUACACCUCAGUCCUCCUCACAACUACCUUACAAAUAGGUGCCUUUGUGCGCAGGUAAGAUCAAAUAAGAAAAGUUUGUCUCACUGAUGUCUUAAUGUUACCUUUACAUUCUAAGCUAAUAUGUUUGCCUAGUUAAGACCCAAAUGUAAAAGCAGCACUAAACAAUGUUUAGAAUUAUUUUUAUUAGUCUACAAAUAAUGUCUGUUUUCAUAUAAAUUCAUUGCUUGUGAACAAUGAGUAACUGUUCAUGCUGAAGACUCAAGGGUGUUUACCUGCAAGAAAGUAUGCCGUAAAGAGUGGAAAUACAGGUUUUCCUGCUCUCCCACAGUUCUUAUUUCUGAAAUGACUGCUAAUACCUCCUCAAACUGAUAGAUAAGGGAAACUAAAGGAUAGCUAAUGCAGAAAGGUUUUUUCUCUGGCUUUGGGCUUCUUUCCUGGUGUCUUUUCCCUGGAGAGAAGGACCUUUGCAAGGAAUGUUAACCAAGUUUCUUCAUUUAUUGACCUAGAUGUUCUCGUUAGGCCAGUGUGUGGUAAUCAGUCCAUAUCUGUUCAGGGUUAGUAAAUGCUUCUUGGUUUGUUGGUAAAAAGAUUGUCAUGGUUUGUGACAGGCUCCAUUCAGGUAUUGAUGGACCUAGGGAAUCCCAAAGCAUUCACAUGUCUUUUUGUUUUCACCAUUGUAUAUUUUAAGAAUAUCUUGGUGUCAUAUGGACAGAUCCGCAGGGCUCUUUGGCAUUGUGAUUCUAGGAACUAUUCAGUAAGUUUAAUUUAAAGGUUUUAAUGACUGCUUACUAGGUUUUGAAGUAUUGCAUAGCUUAAAGUGAAGCUAUGAACUGUUCCCUUUAAAUUUUAACGUGUAAGACAGAAAUGUGUAUGGCUAGAAAGGAAUCAACCUGUAAUUAAAUGUGAAUGUGUUAAGUGAAAUUUUGUGUUCAGUAUCUGGAUACAUAAGCACUACUUCGUUUGAGAAGGUGAUCUUUUCUUACUGCUACCUGCCCAGUGCCUGCAUUGCUACCUGGCAUGUAGAAUAAUACUCUUAGUGAAUAUUUACUGAAUGAGUAAAUGAAUAAAUGAGUAACUCUGGGUCCAGAUGUAGGAUAAUGGUGACAGAGACUUAAAUAGAAAUGAAUAAACCUGGGAUAUUUUGUUUUCCUUAGUAACUUGCUGAUUUUCUUCCUAAUUGUAAAUAAUCAUAUACAUAUAUGCAUUUUGACAUUGUGCCAGUUUGCUUUCCCUCUAACAGUAUGAGAAAUGCCUGCUUACCUACAGAGUCUGGUUCUUAGCCUUUUUUCUGUGAGCUCAAUCUCAAAUUAGGACAAAGCAUUUAUGAAAUUUUAAUAUUAUAUUUAAAUAUAUUAUAGGUAAAAUGCAAUUAUAAUAUUCAAGGAGAAUUUUCUUCUCUUAGUUCUCAGAAAUCAAGGUAUCCUUCUGAUAAGAAACCCUUCGAAUAUAAUAAAUCAUCUUGAUAUAUUUCUUGAAGCUAUAGGUUUCUCCUUAAAACCAGAUCCUUAAAUAGAACAAACACUUGUUUUUAACUGUCAAAAACAUUUUCGAAGAAUAUUUUUAUCAUGCCUUAUCUCCUUGUUGUGGCUCAGAAAGCAAACACCUAACUUUUUGCUACCAAGGUAUUAAUGUCUCAUUGGAUAAUAUAGAUAUGUAUAUGGGUGGGUGAAUAGGUUGGUCGGUUUAAGAGAAUAUGAUAAUAUGCCCUUAUAAUAGUCUAAGAUGAGAGACUUUUAAAAAUAUAACAAUUUUAUCUUCUGAUUAGAAACAUAAUACAUACUUUAUGCAGAAACUUAGUAUAUAUAGCAACAUCAAAAGAGGGGAGAUUACCGUUGAUUGGAAGAGAUUUUGCUUUUUUAACAUCAGGUUUUUUUCUUACACUUCUGUCCAAUCUAGAAAGUCAGAUUUUUGUAUCUUGGAGAAGGAAAUUUUAAAUGCCUGAAAGUAUGAUAUUUAACUUGAAAAUCUGCCUUAGCUUUUUCAAAUUAUGUCCUUGUUAAAUUAAUCUGCCUCUUUUAUCAUCUUUGCUGUGGAGUAUUGCCCAGUGUUAAUUGUCCUCCUAUUAUCCAUCCCUUUUAUCCCAAAGGGAGGGAAUUGAUGAGGAUAUGUGCAUUGUGUUAUGUCUGAUCACAGUUUGACUAGCACAGUCUGGAAGUGGGUUGUACAGGAUGAGAGCAGCAGCCUAAUUGCUCUCCCUGCAUCAGCAGCAUCUAUAAAGCAUCCUGGGAAUUGCUCGCCCUACGUUCGGAGCAGCUGGUCACAUGAGCCCGGAUUUUCAGUUCAGUUCAUUAGUCAGCCAUUUUGGUCAACACCCUGCUUACUGCGCACAACCAAUCCUAUUAGAACUCAGCAUCCAGCUCAUCUGAGCAGAUCCUGGAAGUGAUUUCUGCAGUUCAGGAUUUUUUUAAGCUAAAUUGAAAAUAUUGGUUUAUUUUUGGGUUUUUUUUUUUUUUGUAUUUUUUUUGUAUUUUUUCCUGCACAAAGGAGGAUUUUUCACUUAUUCAUGCAGAGGCCAGUUUUUUAAAGCCAGCGAAGGUGGCAUCGGCUGUGCAGGAUUUAAAGCCUACAGCUCAGCUGAAAAAGGAGGGGGUAGGGAAGGGAAGAUCAAAGGAGAGAAGCUAGGAGAAAACCAGGAAUCCUCUUAUUUUGCUAUGUGGUAGGAACUGUCUAUGAGACAAGAUAGUGUAGAAUUUUUUAUCUUGAGCCGUUGGUUCUUAAACCGUAAGGUAUUUUUCCUCGUGUUUUGUUUUAAUCUCCCCCACCCCUUUCCUUGAGAGCUUUGUUCCAGAGCUUUGGAUUUGGGGUUUUUUGGGCAGGAGGUUUUAUUUAUUUUUGUUGGGGUAAGUGUGUGUGCGUGUGUGUGUGUGUGUGUGUGUGCGCGCGCGUGUGUGUGUGUUGUGUGUUGUGUGUUGUGGACCCAGCUGAGUCAUCAUGUCUGCUCUGACGCCUCCAACCGAUAUGCCAACCCCCACUACUGACAAGAUCACACAGGCUGCCAUGGAGACCAUCUACCUUUGCAAAUUCCGAGUGUCUAUGGACGGAGAAUGGCUCUGCCUGCGAGAGCUGGAUGACAUCUCACUUACACCUGACCCAGAGCCUACCCAUGAAGACUCUUGGGAGGAUUUGACAGAUUUGGUGGAGCAAAUGCGCGAUGAUACAGAAGAUCCUAAUUAUCUCAUGGCUAACGAACGCAUGAACCUAAUGAAUAUGGCCAAGCUGAGUAUCAAGGGCUUGAUCGAAUCUGCUCUAAACCUGGGGAGAACUCUGGACUCAGACUACGCACCUCUCCAGCAGUUCUUCGUGGUGAUGGAGCACUGCCUGAAACACGGCUUGAAGGCUAAGAAAACUUUUCUUGGACAAAAUAAAUCCUUCUGGGGGCCUCUAGAAUUGGUAGAAAAGCUCGUUCCAGAAGCUGCCGAGAUAACAGCAAGUGUUAAAGAUCUUCCAGGACUUAAGACACCAGUAGGCAGAGGAAGAGCCUGGCUUCGUUUGGCAUUGAUGCAAAAGAAACUCUCAGAAUAUAUGAAAGCUUUGAUCAAUAAGAAGGAACUUCUCAGUGAAUUCUAUGAACCCAAUGCCCUCAUGAUGGAAGAAGAAGGAGCCAUAAUUGCUGGUCUCUUGGUGGGUCUGAAUGUCAUUGAUGCCAAUUUUUGUAUGAAAGGAGAAGACUUGGACUCUCAGGUUGGAGUUAUAGAUUUUUCAAUGUAUCUCAAGGAUGGGAACAGCAGUAAAGGUAGUGAAGGAGAUGGCCAGAUUACUGCAAUUCUGGAUCAGAAGAACUAUGUAGAAGAACUCAACAGACAUCUAAAUGCUACGGUAAACAAUCUUCAGGCAAAAGUGGAUGCAUUAGAAAAAUCCAACACUAAACUGACAGAGGAGCUUGCAGUUGCAAACAACCGGAUUAUUACCUUACAAGAAGAAAUGGAACGAGUUAAAGAGGAAAGUUCCUACAUAUUGGAAUCCAAUCGGAAGGGUCCUAAGCAGGACAGAACUUCAGAAGGGCAAGCACUGAGUGAAGCCAGAAAGCAUUUAAAGGAGGAGACACAAUUGCGACUGGAUGUUGAAAAAGAACUGGAGAUCCAGAUCAGCAUGAGACAGGAGAUGGAAUUGGCUAUGAAGAUGCUGGAGAAGGAUGUCUGUGAGAAGCAGGACGCCCUGGUGUCUCUGCGACAGCAGCUGGAUGAUCUCAGGGCUCUCAAGCAUGAACUUGCCUUUAAACUGCAGAGUUCAGACUUAGGAGUAAAACAGAAAAGUGAAUUAAACAGUCGUUUGGAAGAGAAGACUAAUCAGAUGGCUGCUACCAUCAAACAACUCGAACAAAGUGAAAAGGAUUUGGUGAAACAGGCAAAGACCUUAAAUAGUGCAGCAAAUAAACUGAUCCCAAAACAUCAUUAGGCAUUUUGCAGUUGGUCACCUCUCAAGUCUGAAGUACAACUUAAUUGUAAAGAAAGAAAUCUGAAAGUUAUUACAUUUAAGUUCUGAUUCUAUAUAAAAUGUCACCAAAAAUUGACUCUGAAUUUGUUGGUUUUAAAAAAAAAAAUUUGAUAUAUAGGCCGUGGGUUUUUUUCUUCUUUAUUUUCUCCUCAGAGUUAGAACAUUUAGUAUAGGUUCUUAAUUAAUUGCCAAAUAAACUUUGAGAAAUUACAUCUGAGUUGACCAAUAAAUAAACACACCAUUAAAAAAAAAAAAAAACACCUAGGGAUUGGACCCUGUGUGCAUAUAUUAUUGAUGCCUUUACAACUCAGCCCCAGACAAUAUCAGAUUCUAGGUGCGCUGUCUGUACCAGUGAGCCUGCUGUGCCACUGCGAUGUGGUGAACUGGAGGUGACAGCCGUAUGGGCUUGAACUCUUCUAAAGUAGCUCUGUCUCCUAGGCCAUGGCCCCUUCCCACUUUCCUUGUGUAGGUUUACCCCCCAAGCCACGGAUAAGUACUUAGUAUUUCACUACAGUUCUGUUCUCAGUAACUAAGAUUGCUUGCAACUUUUUUGCCUUAGUGACUUUUGGGGGGAAAACCCGCAUCCUUACAUUUCUUUAAAGUACAUAGAGAUAAAGUUAGUGAUUUAGGUAACUUAUGAUAACAUAAUAAUGUGGAAGCUUGGAAAACCCUCCUAAUAUUUGUCAUCUUCUACCUCUGCCAUUUUCCUGCAAUUCCACUUCCUAUUUAGGUAGCUCAGAGAAAAUAAUUUUAAUGAAAAAAACUCAUCUCCUAUAAAAAAACAAACAAACCGCACAACACUACACAAUUUUCAAAUCUAUCCUGCUUUUCCUUUUGGAGUAAAGACAACAAGGUAUAGACAUGGGUGAUGGUUUUCCACCGUCAUUUCUUGCUAGAAACAUUUCCUCCAGACUUUCUAUUACUCUCUGUUCCGAAGGGAGAUUUGCUAACAUCUCCGGGAAACUAACAAUCUAAUUAUUAGAGAACCAUUUCAGCGUAGGAAAUACAUGAUAAACUCUUUAUUAUUAUUUAGUCUAAAAAUAAAAAUUCCCAGUAGAUAUCCAUACACAGUAAUUAGCAGGGCUUCUUUUUCUAAGUGACCACAGAUCUACCCCUUUCUAGGCUUUACAUUGUAAAUAAUCCUAUAAAUACUUGGAUUUUUUUUAAUGACUUUUGAUUUGGGGGAACAAGCUUUACAUAAGCCUUCAUUCCUUCAAAAAGUUUUGACAAAAAUUUUCUCACUUUGAUAUGAUUUGCAGCAUUUCAGCUGCUUAGGUGGGAACAAAGAUAACCCCCCUUUGCUUCUAGCUUUUGAAACUCUUUACCUUCUUGGAAAAAAACAGAAUUAAGAGAGUAAGACAGAUUUCAUGUGUGCUUCUGUAGAUCCUUACAGACUUGAACCAAAGUCAAGUCAAAGAGCAUAUGACCAACCUCAUGGAAUAACCUGUGCUCUUGAACUUAUUUUAGUUGUUAUAAUUUUGCACCUGUUCGUACUUCAUCAACCUUUUGUGGUGAUGAAUUGCCUUUUCUAUGAGCAUUUGGGAAGAGUGCUCAAACACUAAAGCAUUUCAAAGACUGCAGAUAGCAUGCUUUCCAAUUCUAUUCUAUAGAGCCCCAGAUGUUUCACCUUUUAGAACAUGCUUCUUUAGAGGUGCAAAGUUAUGGGAUAUAUAGAAGAAAAUAUUCAUUAGAAUUUUCCAGAGAAUAUGAUCAGGACUCUUAUAUAGACCCGGUGCGAAGUUGUUUGUCCACUUAGUCACACACCACCUGGUAGGAAUGGAAAAGGAAAGAGAUGGCCAAACUCUGACAGAGGCUUUUCCUUUUAGAAGAACUCAAAGCCUAGGUAAGGGUUAAUGUAUAAUGUCAGUGAUUUAAUAUAAUUGUGAUAUAGGGAAGGGACCAGGAAAAUGUUCUAAUUUCACAUAUAAGAAGGUAGUUGCCCGUUUGCAAGUUCCAGUUGUGUGUGUAAAGCAGAAAUAUAAGGUACCAAACCUAUUAGGAAAUAAACACAAAAAAAGUGGAUUUGACUUUAAUUACUGUGUACUUGAGGUUGGUUUUGGAUAUGGAUUUUCUAAAAAGUGAUGUUUUAUUGUUUAUCAUCUAAUGGCUGUAAACUGUAGUACUAGAAUAAAAAAAAAAUGGAAAAUCAACUUUUCCUCUGCCUGGUUCACCUUCAUCUUGCUUUUCUUUUAGAAUUUUUUUCUCCAUCUCCCCACCCCACCCCACCCCACCCCACUCCUGUAUAAUUUCUUCCCCUGUGUCCUACAAAGCUUUUUUCCCCUCUGUCUCUCCAUGCCCUCUUCCUUGGGUUGCUUUAUUUUGUGUUGUAAACUUGGUCUUCCUCCCCACCAUGGCUUUUGUUUUUUAUCACGAGUUCAUAUGGCUCAC